GCCCCCUCCCGGAACAGGAAGUAUCUGCGCGCUGCUGUUGCUGCUGACGUUGUUGCUGUACGAAGUGACGAUGGCGUCCACAGAUCAGUCCCUCCUGGACCUAACAGACAAGGAAACACGGGAGAAACUGUCGUUAUGGGAUCGCCGCACCGACGCAAUGGCUCCCCUCACGGAGAAACAAAUGGACGCUGUGCUGGAGAUCCGAGCCGCAGCUGAAACGCUCUCUGUCCCGUCAGAGCUGCCCAUUGAGGACUUGUGCAGCCUCUCGUCGCGGUCCUUGCAGUCCCCCUUCACAGCGACUGUGCCCGCGUCAACAGAGGACGUCCUGCUUAAGGGUUUCCAGAUGCUUGAUAUGGAGAAUGACAGGAUAGAAACUGCACAACAGUUUUUUGCAUGGUUUGCCAAGUUGCAGGCAAACAUGGACCAGGAUGAGAGCUCAAAAUACAGGAAAACCAGAGAUGAUCUAAACUGCUACCAGGAACAAUGCGAUGCUAUUCUGGUAGAUGUCAGUGCUGCUCUGGAGCACUUGGACUCCCUUCAGAAACAGUAUCUGUUUGUGUCCAAUAAGACUGGCACCCUACACGAGGCCUGUGAACAGCUCCUGAAAGAGCAGUCGGAGCUCGUUGACCUGGCAGAGAACAUACAGCAGAAACUGUCAUAUUUUAAUGAGUUAGAAAACAUAAACACGAAACUGAACUCGCCGACCUUGUCUGUAAAUAGUGAAGGUUUUAUACCAAUGCUGUCAAAAUUGGAUGACUGCAUUGAAUAUGUUUCUUCAAAUCCCCACUUCAAGGACUAUCCGGUUUAUUUGGCCAAGUUUAAACAAUGUCUUUCUAAAGCUAUGCAAUUCAUGAAGAUCCACAUCGUAAACACUUUGCAGCAUCUCACAAAACAGUUAACAAAAAGGGAUCCAAUGGGCUUGACCAACGCAGACAAUGCCUUUACGCUUUACUACGUUAAGUAUAGAGCAGCUGCGCCAAAAGUUAGGUCACUGAUUGAACAGAUCGAGCAGCGAGCGGAGAAGAUUCCACAAUACCAUCAGCUCCUGGAUGAGAUCCAUCAGUGCUACCUCGACCAGAGAGAUCUGCUCCUCAGUCCCAGCAUUACAUCCACCAUUACGGACCUGACCAACCAAAACAACAAAGACCACUGCGCUCUGGUUCGCAGCGGCUGUGCCUUUAUGGUUCACGUCUGCCAGGAUGAACACCAACUGUACAAUGAGUUCUUCUCUAAACCUACACCUACACUAGACGAGCUGCUAGAGAAGUUAUGUUUGUCCCUGUAUGAUGUCCUCCGGCCUCUAAUCAUCCACAUCAUCCACCUGGAAACCCUGUCUGAGCUCUGCAGUAUCCUCAAGAAUGAGAUGCUGGAAGAUCAUGUUCAUAACAACGCUGCUCAGUUGGGGGCCUUUGAUGGAUUAGUGAAGCAGAUGCUGGAGGAUGUCCAGGAGAGGCUGGUGUACAGGACUCACAUUUAUAUCCAGACUGAUAUCCUAGGCUACAACCCGGCUCCAGGGGACCUGGCCUAUCCUGAUAAACUGGAGAUGAUGGAGAAAAUUGCUCAGAGCUUAAAGGAAGAGCAGGUGAAGCGGAUGUCACAAGAGUCCAUGUUUUCUGAUGUUCAGCUUGAGGAUCCUGAUGGGAGAAGAAACAGUAAUGCUGGGAGUGUAGAAGCAUCACACCUCCAGACAUCUAUCUCUCCUGCUGAUCUGCACGGAAUGUGGUACCCUACUGUAAGACGAACGCUGGUUUGUCUGUCCAAGCUCUACAGAUGUAUAGAUGUGAGUCUUCAAUUUUUAUUUGCAGAAGAUUGGCCAUUUGGCCUGGUGCUGUGCAAACUCGUCCCCUUCGUACAGAAAAGCUCUGUUGGAAUUACUGUGUUGAGCUUAUGUGCUUUGAGUGUCGACAGAUACCGUGCUGUAGUAUCCUGGAAUCGAAUCAAAGGCAUCGGGGUUCCAGUGUGGACAGCAAUCGAAAUAACUCUGAUAUGGGUUAUUUCUAUCUUGCUGGCUGUGCCUGAAGUUGUCGGCUUUGAUAUGAUUACAAUGAACUAUAAAGACAAGCAUCUGAGAAUAUGUCUGCUCCAUCCCGUGCAAACCGCGCCAUUCAUGCAGUUUUAUAAAUCAGUAAAGCACUGGUGGCUCUUCGGCUUCUACUUUUGCAUGCCACUGGCUUGGACCGCCGUCUUCUACGCACUAAUGACCAGGAAAAUGCUCAGGAACACUGAGAAUACAUUAAGCGACCACACCAAGCAGAGAAGAGAAGUUGCCAAAACCGUCUUCUGUCUGGUGAUUGUGUUCGCACUUUGUUGGUUGCCUCUAUAUCUAAGCAGAAUCUUGAAAUCAACCAUAUAUGAUGAGAAAGAUCCUAAAAGGUGUCAGCUACUGAGUGUCUUUCUCGUCCUGGACUAUUUUGGCAUUAAUAUGGCAUCACUCAACUCGUGCAUCAACCCUAUCGCAUUGUACACAGUCAGCCAUAGAUUUAAAAGAUGUUUCAAGGCAUGUCUGUGCAGUUGGUGUCCUCUUCAAGAUGUUUCCCAGGACGAGCUGCAGUCUGUUUUGAAGUCCAGAAUGCAGGAUCAAGCCUCAGAGCAGAGCAGCAACAUCAAAGCUCACAAGCAGACUUCCACACCUCUACCUGAGCAGGACACCUUACCGUGUUAA